UCAUUCACAGUGGAUGUCACCAUGAUCACGAAGGUUUUACAGCUGCUUAUUUUUCAUUUGGCUCUGGCUGAAAUUGUUCUCAGCGGGAAUGUGGUGAUUUGGCCUACAGAUGGCAGUCAUUGGCUAAAUAUUAAGAUUCUUCUUGAGGAGUUGGUUCAAAGAAAUCACAGUGUGACUGUACUGGCUUCAUCGGAAACUUUAUUCAUCAACUCCAGUCCUGAUGCCUUCAUAAGUUUUGAAGAGAUUCCAGUUUCCUACACAAAAAGCAAGAUAGAUGAAAUAAUUGAACAUAUGAUAGCCUUGUGGCUGGACCACAGGCCAACGCCUCUCACAAUGUGGACUUUCUACAAAGAACUAGGAAAGCUCCUUGCUACUUUCUACACAAUCAACAAGCAAAUCUGCGAUGGUGUACUAAACAAUCCCACGCUAAUGGCAAGACUUCAAAAAGGUGGCUUCGAUGUGUUAAUAGCUGACCCAGUAACAAUGUGUGGAGAGCUGGUGGCUCUGAAAUUGGGAAUUCCCUUUGUGUAUACACUGCGCUUCUCUCCAGCCUUUACAGUUGAGAGGCAUUGUGGGAAAAUCCCCGCACCGGUCUCUUACGUACCUGCAGCCCUGUCAGAGCUCACUGACCAGAUGUCUUUUGGUGAAAGGGUUAAAAAUACCAUUUCUUAUUCUCUGCAAGACUAUAUAUUUAAGUCCUACUGGGGAGAAUGGAACUCAUACUACAGCAGAGUUCUAGGAAGACCCACCACACUGUGUGAGACUAUGGGGAAAGCUGAGAUUUGGCUAAUGCGAACAUAUUGGGAUUUUGAAUUUCCUCGUCCAUAUUUACCAAAUUUUGAGUUUGUGGGAGGACUGCACUGCAAACCUGCCAAGCCUUUGCCUAAGGAAAUGGAAGAAUUUGUCCAGACUUCAGGGGAACAUGGUAUUGUGGUGUUUUCUCUGGGGUCAAUGGUCAAAAACCUGACAGAUGAAAAAGCCAAUCUCAUUGCCUCAGCCCUUGCCCAGAUUCCACAGAAGGUUUUGUGGCGAUACAAAGGAAAGAUACCAGCCACAUUAGGAUCCAAUACGAAACUGUUUGAUUGGAUUCCUCAGAAUGAUCUUCUUGGACAUCCCAAAACCAGAGCUUUUAUCACCCAUGGUGGAACAAAUGGAAUCUAUGAGGCCAUUUACCACGGGAUCCCUAUGGUGGGAGUCCCUAUGUUCGCUGAUCAACCUGACAACAUUGCUCACAUGAAGGCCAAAGGAGCAGCCGUAGAGGUGAACAUGAACACAAUGACAAGUGCAGAUCUGCUCAAUGCUGUGAGAACAGUCAUCAAUGAGCCGUCUUAUAAAGAGAAUGCUGUGAGACUAUCAAGAAUCCACCACGAUCAGCCAGUGAAGCCCCUGGACCGAGCUGUCUUCUGGAUUGAGUUUGUCAUGCGUCACAAAGGAGCCAAGCAUCUUCGUGUGGCAGCGCAUGAUCUCAGCUGGUUUCAGUACCACUCUCUGGAUGUGAUUGGGUUUCUACUGACCUGUAUGGCAUCUGCUAUAUUAUUGGUUGCAAAAUGUUGUUUGUUUGUAUUUCAAAAGAUUGGUAAGACAGGAAAGAAGAAAAAAAGAGACUAGAUGAAGGAAAAGACACCUCAGGUCUCUGGGUUUGGUGAAAUACCAAGUGGAGUAGCAAUAGUCCUUAGAAGCCCAGGUAGCUGCCAAUCACCUAUCUUCAUCCCAUUUUCAAACAUCCCACUCCUGUUUUAGCCUGCAGAUAAAUUGUAGGAUGCAACAUAAUCACACUUUCCUGAAGGCAUUUCAUCUUUCCUUUGCUAUUUCAAUGAUGGUCCUAGAAUUUUCUUAUCUUCUGGCACAGGGGCACUAUUAAUUUAAAUAUAUUCUUUUCAGAAUGUCAUUUAAAUAUAAACAAGGUAAUAACUGAUAGCAUUCUGAAUCUUUGAGAGGCACACAAGGUACACCGAAUUUUAUUUAAAGAUCACAUAAGGGUCACUUAGACAGGUUCUCAUGGAGCACACAAAGAGAGUUCUGACCACAGGGAUUAGUAUAGUAUGAGAAGAUUCAUUAUUUUCUUUUUAAAUAAAAGCCAGCUGUUGUGUUUCACUGAUGUAACAGGCAUUAGAGAACUAGUUCCGAAUUGUGACACUAUAUUAUAAUAGGAAAACACAUAAAAAUUGUUAGUAUAUUUAAAUUAUGAUGGCCCAUCUUCCUGCUUUUCCCUAAAACACAUAUCUGUAUGCUUGCUCUCCAGUCAAAUACUUUAGAUACUUUUUCUUAGAAAUGAAGGCAUGAACAGAGCUGGCAUUUUUUUUUCUCAGAUAACCAUUACUAACAAUAUUUGAAAGUUAUUUCUAGAAAAAAGCAAAUAAUGAAAUAUUGUAGUAAUUUUCUAAAUUUUAAAUGACUGUUUGUUGGAUCUGUGUUAAUCCCUUAUACUUAAAAAUUAUAUAGUUCUUAGUGUAUAAUCACUAUUUAUAAUAACAUGUUUAAUUUUCUGCUAAAAUAAAUACUUAUAUUGAGAUCACUGU